UUCAAAAGGAAUUGUCUAUAACGAGACUUUGUCCGAUAAGCUCUACUGAACAAAGACCUUGUCCUACUACUUGGUGUUGGGUAUCAUGACUUUUUUUUUCUUUUUUUUUCCCUUCAUGUGGCUAGGGAUCCUAUGGCUUGUAUUGUUCUACUGAACCAUAUCUUAAGGAAUUUUCACCCUUGUUUGUGUAUGAGAUGCUAGAUAAUCAACAGCUGAGGUAACUUUCUUGAUCAUUUUGUCAUUCUACUGACCUUUCUUGGGUUCGUAAUAAAACUGAAUAUUUAUAAUCUCUCGCACUGAGUUCUGUAGUAUGUUUUUAAUUGUUGCUUUAAUUGGUUUGUGUUAAUUAAUAACUACAGGAACAUUCGCUUCACUUCGAUUACUCCAUUGUUUAGUGGCUCUAGUGCCAUAAAUUACAGGAACAUUGCUUUAAUUGGUUUGUCCUUGUGCUCCAAUUAUUUCUAAUCAAAUCAGUAGUGUGAAAUAUCUAUUUUACCCCAAUUUAUUCCUCUCCCUUGCUAAUUGCUGCUCACCCAUGACGGAUUACCUUUCCCUUCCUCCCAUCUUCUUUGUCCAGUAGAAGUGUCCACGACGGAUUCAGAUCCUUUUUCCCAUCUCCAGCAGCAGUUCGAUGCAGGAAUCUCGGGUUACACUUUUUUCCUUCAAUUUUUCCUUGGCAGGAGGAAUGGAAAGUUAAAGUGCACGUAGAGCAAAGGAUCAAUAUUGAUUGACAAAGAUUCCCUGGCUGCUACAGUUCACGGCUAUCCAGUGAAUUAAACGAUUAAAUGGAGCCAAGAUGGAAAGGAAAGGGCUUCAAGGCUAAAGCUCUUGCAGAGCCCAUUUCAAAGAUUGUAUCCGAACUUCGGUCAUCUUUAAUUCAAUCAGAUGCUCACGGAUUGCUCGUUGGGCACAGUGUACUAAUAGCAGCAGAAGCAGAACAAAUUGAUCUUCUCGAUCAUGCAUGCUUUGGUAACCGCAAUACUACAGCUGAAAAGGACAAGGAGUGGUUUCAGCUGGGUUUGGAAGAAGCAUUUUACCUAUGCUAUUCAUUGAAAUGCCUCACAAUUGUGAGUGACGAUCAUUGUCCAAAGAAUGAUGUAGAGCUAUGGCAGUGCAUGAUAUCAAAAAAAUCAGCUUUCCCUGAUUUCUACAAGGCUUAUUCGCAUCUUCGAAUGAAAAAUUGGGUCGUUAAGUCCGGUUCCGCUUACGGUGUGGACUUUGUUGCCUAUCGGCACCAUCCCUCUCUGGUCCAUUCUGAAUAUGCUGUGCUUGUUUUGUCCGAAGGAGAGGAUGAGGUAAAUGGCCGGUUGAGGUUGUGGUCUGAUCUUCAUUGCACAACUCGACUUAGUGGAAGCGUUGUGAAGACGCUUUUAGUACUGAAGAUCAAUAAAAAUGGCAAUGGUGCUGCCUCUCCAUCAUCUUUGGAGAAAUACACCGUCGUAGAGCGCACAAUCACAAGGUGGCGUCCUGAACAAUGCCGUGAAAAUCCUAUGAUAGUCGAAAAGAUUACCAAGCAACGAGAAGCUCUUGGAAAAGCAGCAACUUUGAAGGCGAAAUUCAUCACAAAACAUGAUGUAAAAUUGAAGAAGGGCGUAGUUGGAAUUGCCAGCAGUCUUAGAGUAGUUAGUCUUACUGUAGUUCUUAUUUCCAUUAUAGUAAGCUGUUGGUUUUGUUUAAAUUAAGUCUUCUUGAGUUAGAAUUCAUUGGAAUUAUGAGUAGGUGUUUACUAUUUACUAGAAAGUGGAGUUACCUUACCCCUCAGUCCGCACCUGUCAUUCUUCCUUGUAAUUUCAAGCAAGUUUUAAGCUUUGGAUUGAAAGAGAUGACCAAGCAUUCCAGAAAGUGAA